UUUCUGUUUCUGCAUCAGAGACCCUGGAUGGACAGAGAGAACUCAAACAAGAGAAAAGCUCGCUGAGUGUUCAGUACUACAUUGAUUCCCUGGUCUUGAAAAUCCCAGCUACGGGAUCUCAGAAGAUACAGCUUCUGAAAUGUCAUCGCCCAGCAGUAAUUGCCCACACUUGGAAUCUGUUGGUGAGAUAACAAAAGAGGAAUUGAUACAGAAAUCUCAUGGCACUUGUCAGGACUGUGAAGUCAGAGGACCCAACCUUUGGGCAUGCUUAGAGAACAGAUGUACAUAUGUUGGCUGUGGUGAAUCCCAUGUUGACCACAGUACCACCCAUUCCCAGGAGACAAAACACUGUCUAACUGUCAACCUUACUACACUCCGUGUUUGGUGUUAUGCCUGUAGUAAGGAAGUAUUCCUGGAUAGAAAAUUAGGAUCUCAUUCUCCACUACCAAAUGCAAGACUGUCUCACCAAGUACAAGAAAAUAGUGUGCAGGAUUUUAAAAUACCUAGUAAUCCCACACUGAAGAUUCCGCUAGCAGCUGUAUUUGAUGACUUGGAUGUAGAAGUGGAAGAAGAUGAGUUAAAGACUAGAGGUCUAACAGGAUUAAAAAAUAUUGGAAACACUUGUUACAUGAAUGCAGCUUUACAAGCUCUUUCCAACUGCCCACCUUUGACACACUUCUUUCUUGACUGUGGAGGCUUAGCCCAAACAGAUAAAAAACCAGCAAUUUGUAAAAGUUACCUCAAGCUGAUGACGGAACUCUGGCACAAAAGCAGGCCUGGUUCUGUUGUUCCUACUGGUUUAUUUCAAGGAAUUAAAACUGUUAAUCCAACAUUUCGAGGCUACUCUCAACAGGAUGCACAAGAAUUUUUACGUUGUCUAAUGGAUUUGCUUCAUGAAGAACUUAAAGAACCGGUUGUAGAACUGGAAGAUGCCCAGCCUAUGAGUGUUGAAGAGAGUAUGGAAGAAGACAAGAGCCAGUCAGAUGUAGGCUUUCAGCCCUGUGAAUCCUGUGGAACCUGCGAUAAACCAGAAAAUGACGCUAUUUUCAAACCUGUCUUAGAGGAUCCUGCAGAGACAACCAUGUUAAUUCAGGAUGAUGAUAACAACUCAAUCAUGUCUAAAGAUUGGCAGAAAGAAAAAAUAUCAAGCAACAAGCUUAAACGAGCAAAUUCUAUGGAAGACUUGGAAAAAGACUCAAAUGCUACUUCAGAGACCACUGAAUUUUUAAAUAAUCAAGGAACUGUAAAAGUACAGAUACACAGCAGAUUCUCAGAGUACAUCAAUGAUGUCCACAUGAAUGAUAUAUCUGCAGCCCAAACCGCUUCGUCAAAUGAAGGGAUGAACACACGCUUAUCAAACAGUCCUCCAAAAUCAUUCUCAUCAUGCUCUUCACUGGCACCAGUCCACAAAAAAGUUUCAACUAUAUCAUCUCCAAAAAGGAAGAAGCGCAAGAAGUACAGGAGUGUCAUCUCUGAUAUAUUUGAUGGGACUAUAAUAAGCUCAGUACAGUGCUUGACUUGUGAUCGGCUCUCUGUAACUCUGGAGACCUUUCAGGAUCUGUCCUUGCCUAUUCCAGGUAAGGAAGAUCUUGCUAAGCUCCAUUCUGCAAGUCAUCAGACAUCUCUAGUCAAGGCAGGGUCAUGUGGAGAAGCAUAUGCCCCCCAGGGAUGGAUAGCUUUUUUUAUGGAAUAUUUCAAAAGAUGUUUCAGGUUUGUUGUCUCAUGUGUUCCUAGCUGGUUUUGGGGUCCAGUUGUAACCUUACAAGAUUGUCUUGCUGCCUUUUUCGCCAGAGAUGAGCUCAAGGGUGAUAACAUGUACAGCUGUGGAAGGUGCAAAAAGUUAAGAAAUGGAGUGAAAUUCUGCAAAGUGCAAAAAUUUCCCGAGAUAUUGUGCAUUCAUCUCAAAAGGUUUAGACAUGAACUUAUGUUUUCCACAAAAAUUGGGACCCAUGUAUCCUUUCCCUUGGAAGGCCUUGAUCUUCAGCCUUUCCUUGCUAAGGACAGUCCAGCUCAAAUAGUGACUUACGAUCUCCUGUCUGUCAUCUGCCAUCAUGGAACUGCCAGCAGUGGACAUUAUAUAGCUUAUUGUCGCAACAAUUUAAAUAAUUUGUGGUACGAAUUUGAUGACCAGAGUGUCACAGAAGUAUCAGAAUCCACAGUGCAAAAUGCAGAAGCCUAUGUUCUCUUCUACAGAAAGAGCAGUGAAGAAGCACAGAGAGAGAGACGGAGAAUAUCAGGUCUACUGAAUAUGAUGGAACCAAGUCUUCUGCAGUUCUAUGUUUCCAGACAGUGGUUAAAUAAAUUCAAGACUUUUGCAGAGCCAGGACCAAUUUCAAAUAAUGACUUUCUCUGUAUGCAUGGAGGUGUUCCUCCACACAAAGCUAACUUCAUAGAGGACCUAGUUGUAAUGCUACCUCAAAAUAUAUGGGAUAAUCUGUAUAGCAGGUAUGGAGGAGGACCAGCUGUUAACCAUCUGUAUGUUUGUCACACCUGCCAAAUAGAGUCUGAAAGAAUUGAAAAAAGAAGGAAAAAUGAAUUGGAAAUGUUUAUUCGGCUUAAUAGAGCAUUCCAAGAAGAAGAAUCUCCAUCAACGUUUUACUGCAUCAGUAUGCAGUGGUUCAGAGAAUGGGAAGGAUUUGUAAAGGGUAAAGACAGUGAUCCUCCUGGUCCUAUUGAUAACGCUAAGAUUGCAGUAACAAAAUGUGGAAAUGCUGUGCUAAAACAAGGUGCAGAUUCUGGACAAAUAUCUGAAGAAACGUGGAACUUUCUUCAGUCAAUCUAUGGUGGAGGUCCAGAGAUUAUACUCAGACCACCUGUUCCUCCAGUAGAACCUGAUACCUUGCAAACAGAGGAGAAGAUUGAAUUAGAAACUCACGGUCUGUAGCUAUUGAGAAAAAGACAAACUUGUAAGGAAUCCAGCUUCCUUACAAAAUGCCCAAAAUACAUUCCUAAAGUUUUAUUCUCUUAUGUCUGUUGGAGGCACAGCUCACUGGGCAUUACAUUAACUACAGAAUAGUAAGUUGAAAUAUGUAUUGCAAUUUGUUUAAAUAGAGGCUGUUUCUCUGUUUUGGAAGGCAUGUGGUUUGUACGUUUUGGAGUGUUUGGUCAAUGGAAAAAAAUGUAAUUUCUCAACUUUUUGGUAUAAGUCAAAAUCCUGUUAUAUCCUUAGACUUGAAAAAUGGGGACAAAUUUAGAGGUAUUCAAUAACCCUUCUGAUUCCUGAUUGGGCUUCUGAUAUCUAUAAACUUUUGCCUGUCUUAAUUGUACAGUCUUGGCAAGCAUAGGUAUAUGGGGAGUAUAUUUUAAGUGGGUUGCAAUCAAUGACAAAGAAAAAGGAUUUUAAUUUCCGAAAUGCUCAGGAAAAAAAGUCUCACUUAUUUUGCACUGUAAGUAUAUGAAAUGGGUAGUAUAUAACAUCCAAAUACUUGCUGUAUUUGAAUGGAUCAAACAUUAGAGUAGAUUGAAUAUUGUUUUAGUCAGCAAAUGUCAUAACUUAUUACCUACUAAAUUUUACAUCUUAUUAUAGUCUUCUGUAACUCUAUAAACCUGGCUAGUGUCUUUAAUAGUAUAUGUGACAAAAAGAUUUAGUCUUCUCUAGGGUAAUGUUUGAGAGCAUGAAGUGUGAAAUGUAAAAUGAUUAUGGACAUGAGCGAUAUAAAUUUCAGAAAUUAAAUUGUCUGGUCUCUUGAAUUACAUUCAUAAACAGUUCCGUUUGAAGGAUUUCAUUGUAUUGUUAAAAAUUUCCAUUGGCAUGAUGACCUACAACGUCAGAAGCUGGAUAAAAUGUAUAUAUUGCAAAACUUUACUGAAUGAUUCAUAUUGGAAUGCAGAGUGGCGUUUGCUCUUGGUUUUGCCUGAUACUGUUACCAAAUAAGCAGCAUUAUUCAAGGCUGGAUCAAUAAAAAAAAAAAAAAAAAAUUAAACUGUGGAAGGGGGGGGAAGCUUUCUUAAACACUUUCAAUUUGUUACAUCAAUACAAAACCUUUUGAAGUAGUGCUGUGGUACUGCUCUCACACCCAUAUAAUGAUAUUUCUUGACCACUGUGUUUAGGCAAUGAUGUUGACAGUUCUAGUUCCAAAGUAAGAAAAUGCUGACAUAGCAUUCUUAUGGAUAGUUUUAGAUCUAGUAUAAAAUCAGAUUGGUUUUGAACAUUGUAAAGCACUUAAAACCAUUCCAAUUAAAAAGCCAUUUACAAAAGUCUUAUAGAAAGUGUAGUCUAACCUUAAGUACUUGCUAAUGUGCUGUGCAGAGGGGGUCAGUUGUGUCUGAAUGUAAAUCCCUGUAUUUUUCUCAGCCUACCUGAGAAGAACUAGAGCUAAAAACAGAGCAGUGCAAGUAAAAGGAGUAAACGGUGUGGAGCCAAUGAUUAUAUGGCUGGUACAGAAGGAAAAUAUUUUUCAAUUUUAAACUGUAUCGCAGGUAACUCUCAGCCAGCCUAAGUUUCUGAACUUGUACAUAAGCAUUCUUUAAAUUCCAGAGGAGGUCAUGGGACAUCAGCAGCUGAGAAGCCUUGCGUGUACAUAGGUGUAAAUGUAAAGAAACAGUGAGCAGAGCCUUUUAAUGUCCAACAAUGCAUUUGGGCAAUUUUAUAUUACUAGAUAAGGCAACUUGAAGUUAAAACCACGUUACCUCUGUGUGUACAAGGUAAACAAACACAUCAGUUACUACUACAGACUUGUCUUACUGAUAAAGUUAACUUCCUUAUGAACAGUCAGUAGUAACUUGCUGACCUUGCCUGUGGAAGGCUGUUCGAACUUCCCUCCUCCUUUUUUUGCCCUUUUUUCAUAUUAGGGUGACUAAAUUAAACCUGGCUUUAUACUGUCUUAUUUUCACUUUUUUUGGGGGGGUGGGGUGUGGUGUGUUCAUUGUCUUUGCUAAGAUUUUAUCUCAUAUAAGCUGUUCUUAAGGCUCUCUAAGAUACUAAAGCACAAUCAAUAGGUCUGCAUACUUUAGGAAGAAAUUUUCCUACAUGAUGUUCUUGAUUGGAAACUUGAGAAAUAUUUUCUUGGUUAAAUCACUGUAUGGUGAUCACGCUUACCAAUUUAUUCAAUGUUUUCAUUAAUAAUCUGGAUGGUGGAACAGACUGCCCCUGUAAAACUUGCAAGAAAAAACUGGAUUGAGCGUUAAGGACAUCACCUGCCUGGGGUAAUGAAGCAGUUCUGUGCUAAGCAUGCUGGGUAUUGUAGCAGAUCAGACUAAGAGUUAAAAUCCUGUGAUACCAAAACAAAACCUGUUCUGGGUAAUAGUAACAAAAGCAUCAGAUGUGAGGCACAGGAGGUAAUUAUUCUGCUCUACUUGGUGCUGUGCUAGUUGCGAGAUCUCAUCUGUACUACUCACAAUUUGGGAUGCUAUAUGAUGAUAAAUACAAUUUGGGAAGAGGUUAUUUCAGAGAAGAGCAACAAGACUCUGCAUUGAAAAUUAAGUUGUUGUCUCACAUAAAAGAAUGCUGAAGAUGAAAGACUUCCAAUGUGUAAAUAAUUGCUGGAUAAUAGUGAACAAUUUUUCCUAGAUGAAUAGGAUUAUUUGCCUCAGCUUUAGCAAUGGUGACUUGUGCUGGGUUUCGGUAGCCUAUUAGAAAUCUAGAAAUCUUCUAGCAGUUUUGUCAGUCUUUGCCACGGGGUGUCUGGGCAUCCAUAGUCAAACAUAAUCUUAAACUGUGAUGCACGUAGAUUAGUAACAAGAUGCUUUAAACUAGCAGAGUUUGUGAAAUGCCUCUGUCACCACGCUAAAAAAGCAUCUUCAUGCUACAACUGUUUGUCAUGAUUUAAAAAAAAAAAGAAAAAAAAAAAAGAAAUCCUGAGUUUGCAGACAUGAAAUAGCUGUGUUUGUGUUCAAGACCGUUCCAAAGGGACGACUGUCUUGCUUGUAGCCCUUUGAGAGCUCUACAAAGGAUUUUAUGCCACAGAAAUUGAAGCAGCCUUUUGAAGUAAGACAGCGUGGGAGAACGCUGUAUGGAUGGUAUGGGUAUGCUGGAGGGAAAGCAACACUUCAGAGUAUAGGUAAAGGAGAAGCCUUUUUACUGUGAAGAGCUGUCUGAUUGGCAUCAAAGAAAGAAUGCAUCUCAGAAAGGGGCUGUGGAAAUUAUUUUUUUCCAUAAGCCUUUCACCAGACUAUUUGGAUUCUUUGUUCAUUUGUUUCCAGUUGAGGAAACACAGCAAUCUGUUUGGGUGCCAGGGAAGCUGUCAUUUCAAGAAGGGGAAAAAUCCAGCGGAGUCCUUGUUUUAGGCCUGGGAAUCUAAAUUUGAACUGUUAAAAGCCUGCUGUUCGGUCUGGUAACAUUAAUCCUCUCUUCUGGAGAAAACUGCAUGGGGGUGUGGGGGAACCUACCAGCUCAAAGCUUGAUUUCUCUAAAUUUUUGAACUUUUUUUGCAAGCAGUAUAGCUAAUUGUUCAUCUGAACCCCCAACAUCAAUGAGAGUGUUUCAGAUACUGUGUGAUGCAGCUGAGCAGUGUAAUUGGAGGGAAAAAGAUUAGCGGAAGAGCUGCUGAAUAGUAAAAUAAGGCAUUUUUAUAAUACGCUUCAGAGGUGAGAGCUAAGUAGUCUGUCUGCUUAAUAAAGCAAAUAAAAAUGACCUGCUUUUUAGCUGUAAAAUUAUCCCAUGUUAUGCUUUUACCGACUUACAGGCCAGUCUCUUCUUUUCCUGUGCCUGGAACAUUAGGAAAUGAAGGAAAUUCUGAAGAUAAUUCUGUGAUGCAAAUUCAUUAUUUAACUUGAGUAGUCCAGAAAGCUGUUUCUGUAAGUAUGAUCUAAAUUAGUCCUGUGUCUAGGGAUAGAUAUAUAUAGAAAGACAGAUAUAUAAAUGCACAUAAUCUAUUUCUCCAGUCUCUUAAUUGAACUGCGGCUGGGGACACUACAGUAAUUAUUUUUGGUUCUAUGUUGGAAUAAUGAUCUUGAGUAGAUGUAUCCGAUAAAGGUUGCUUUUUGUUUUCAAAUAGAUAAAUGACACUCAACUGACUGCUGUAAUGGGUAUCAGCAAUGGCCUGAAAGUUUGCUAGGUAAGUUAGAGACUUCAUACACUGAUCAAAAGCUGUAUCAAGAUAAGAUGAAAAAGGGCAAAAGCUAUUUUUAUGAAUUCAUGUCACACAAACUCAGAACCAUUUUGAUAACGCUGCAUCUUUUAUUUGAAUACUACUUUCAUUGUCAGCUGUUGAGCUGCCUGAAUGCAGCAAAAACGUGUUUUAAGGCAUCCUCUAAUAUCUAUUUGACAAAAACUGCUGUAGCUCUUGGUGGUGAGACAGUACAAACCUGCCGAAUUUGAAUUUGAGGGAGAACAGCCACACCUGUUGUUGCUACAUGUCCGUGACAAUGGUAAAGAGAUCUUGCAUUUGAAUUUUACUGCUAUGUCUAGAUACUGUACUAUGACUUGCAAACCUACUAUAUGCAGCUGGGUCAAUGGAAGCUAAUUUAUUUAGGGUUUUUUAUUUAAUUAGUCUAUUUCUUCUCCCUGACGAUAUCGUAUUUGAUGUCAAAGUUCUAGUCUGUUUAGCUUUGCUUGGGAGUCACAUAGUCACAUGGGAACACUUACCAUUCUAUCAACAGAGCUAUGCCAAUAGGAAUUAAAUUUUGACCAAGCUAUGGAAGUAGAGAUGUCAGAAGGUUGGAGCUAAUGAGUAGCAGUGCAUUAGUCCCCGCUCUGGAGGUGAGAAGAUAAUGUAGUCUCAGAAAUCUGACUUUCUAGCAGAGUGCAACAAUCUGUGACAUCCGAAAGAAUUUCUAUUUAGAGCCUUCUGUAAAUCUGUAUGGUCCCAUAUUUUGGUAAGAGAGCCACAGAGGAGGGUAAUUUCAUAUUGUUGAGUUAGUGGUAUGUCCCACUGACAGUGGGAUAUCAGCAUAAAGUGUUAGAAAUAUGUUUGGCUAUAAAAUAUAUUAUGAGGAUGAGGCAGUUUUCAUUUGUGGAGCAAGAGUUAAACACUCCCAUCUAGUCUGAAUUUUUCUUCCUGGUGUAAUUUGAUGUGCUAUGCUAAUGCAUUGUGUAAGAAUCCUGCUUCUCAGAUUCAAAACUUAUAUAGUGAUUGGCUUUUUCUAACACAAGAUAUCCUGAGUUUUCUUAAAAGGACUAAAGCCAAGACAUUUCUUUCAAGUUAGUAUUAUAGGCAUUUAUUUAUAAUGAUACUGCUAACAUUUGAUUUUUUUUUUUUUUUGAUCAAUAGACUAGUCUGUUAUUCAUCAUUUAAGUUCCUUUGGAAAAACAAACCUGCAAUUUGGAAAAUUUACGUGAAAACUUAGAGACUAUCUGCUUAAAGGGGCAAGUGGUGUUUUUGUAUUUGCCAUAAAACUAUUUUAUACUGAACUAAGAAAAUCCUGUUCCAUUUAUUCCUUUUGAAUUCCCUAUCUACAUCUGGCUUAGUGCAGUCUAAGCAGUUUUCUCACUGAAAACCUUUCAGCUCUUCAUUUUGCCCAGGAAAUGAGUAAAACAACUAGGCUUUCUCAUUCUUCCAAACAGAUGGCUUUUCUGGCUUCCCUCUAUACUUAAGCCAUCCAGAGCUGACAAUUAGUAGCAGGAAGCAAAAUAAGAGUUCUAGAUUUCCAAAGUGUCACAAAGAAAGACAAAUCACUCUCAGCGUUAUUUCACAGACGUUAUCUGGCUGCAAACAAAGUUGCUUUAUAUUAGCCUUCAAAAUCUUAGCAGACUAGAAAAUAGCCUUCUUAAGUAAAAAAUUUAAAAGGGCUAUUCUCACUAACAGUGAAAAGUAUAACUUGUUUUCUUGAAUAUAUAAUAUAUAUAGCUGUUUAAAACGUGUGACUUGUCUUAAAUUAAGACUAGUUUCAGCCAAGCUUUUAGACAUUCAACAAGAUGACAAGGCUGUUUCUCCAGAAAAAAGUGUGAACGCUGCCACACAGUAAUUUAAAAGUCAUCUGUUUAUAAUGCAUCUAAUACUACAGAUGUUUGCUUACAAUAGCAGAGUUGUGUUUCUCACUGAAAGCUGGUGUUAUUUGCCACAAAACUUUUCUUUUUGGUGUGUGUCAGCCGAGACCUGCAGCUAGAAAAAGAAGGUCCAUUUGUGAGAAACCUAUCACCAUUGGGUAGGUUCUGUGCAUCGUUAGUGAUGCUACAUGCCAAGUCACUUGAUGACAAGUUUCCUCAUAAGGGUUGUAGAUGGCUAUAUGUGUGGACUUAAGAAAAUGCAAUAGGGACUUGAUCACUCAAAUAGGACAUUGAUAAGAUGAAUAAGCAAGAAAUUUCAUUGAUCUGACUUGUUCAAGAUUGAGUUGAUUAACUAAAAGGGUAAAAUGCCAGUUGUUGAAAUGAGCGGGCAUGAGGAAAUAGAGCUGACACUUGACUUAGUGAUUAUAUACCAUCAUGAACUGUCAGUAAGAAAGUAAAGUUGGAGUGAUAGGAAUACACAGGCUACUUACACCACUUUGAUACACCUUUAUGCAGUGCUAGUGAAUCUCAAAUAGCUUAUUUUUCUUACUAGUCAUUUGUUCAGCAGCAUGGGAGGUGCAAAAAUAAAGCAGUCACCAUCCACAGAAUGUUUUCAUAAUAUAAAUGAAGUUGAAAAUAUUACAUUUCCAGAUAUGUUCCUCCUUUCUCACUUGGAACUCACAAAGAACUUAGUAUACAUUAAGAACUUUAGUAAGAUCCAUUUUUGGAAUAACUUACCACAUGAGAAAGUAAAUCUUAAAGUACUUCGAGAAGAAUAAAGAGGGCAGAGGAGAGGAGGCAUUUGAUUCUUACAAGUAAGGAAAAACUUAGCUCAAAAUAAAUAGUCAGCUGUCAAAAAUGAAAAAUAGCAAAUUUUGACUUUCCUCUCACAGGACAAUGCCAAGACCUUUUCGUUUUCAUUCUUGGUGAAUAGUUUUGCCCGGAAUGAAUAUUUUUCUAGGUGACUAAUUUUGUUCUGUCCUGUGUGUUUUUUAAUGUACAUGGUAAAACAAGAUGUCCUGGUUACCAUGGUGAUACAUUGCUUUCCCCCCCCCCUCCCCCGGGUGUCUGUUAAAAUGCCAAACCCAAUGAAGAGAGAUGCAGCACUUGCUUAUGCUGUGAAUGCCUGUUUCUUUCCACAAAUGUGCAACCCUUCUCUUUAGGACCAGAAGUAAGAUCACUCUGAGAUUUUCAGCUGUAACAAAAGAAAUGCGCUCAGGCAUGCCAAAAUGCUAAUUGAUUGGCAGCUAUUAAUUCAGUUACACAAUAUUUUCAAUUAUAUUUCUAGUCUAGUACUAGGGUUUUUUUAUUUAGACUGACUUUACAAUUUAUCUGUAGAGGCAAGAAAUAAGACAUGUAUUUAGCUAUGAACUCUUUCGGCGUCCCAUCUUCUGAAUAAUUUUCAGUAAGGGAAAUUUACUCUCUCUUACCUUGUUUGUGUGCAGUGUAAUUAAUUUGCUUUCCAACCAAGCAGGGUAGUGGAGGUACUUUGUCUCUUAAACUAGAUCAGUAGCAAUCUGAACUUCAUGUGUGGCCUUGACUUUGCACGCUCAAGUGGAGAGGCUCGUCUUCCUGUGCUCUUUCUGUAGAUACUGAGAAAGAUACAGGUAAUGGAGGCACUUUCUGGGCUUCUGCUUCUCCUCCAGAAGAUGUUAAGCUUCAUGAUCGCACUGUUAACCUAAACCUGAAAAGCUCCUACCCUUCAUGCUGGGUUUCAGCCCUGAACAGGGAUUUGUCCUCUUUAAACUCUCAGUGUUGCUGGUGUCUGUUCCUGUGUGGUGGCAACUAGGUUUAAAUAAAAAUUCAGUCUUUCAUAUCCUGUAUCAGAGGGCCCUAAUCACAGGCUAGGCUUGUCUUUAAAAAACUUUUGUGUUUGGAAAAAAAAAAAGUGCCUAAACGCUAGGCAGAUAUGUGCCAAGUCUUUUUAUUUAGACAGCUACAUCUUACUUGAAAACUUCUCAUAUGUGUUUUUGUGGUUUACAUUGAACAUACUACAUGCUGUUCAGUUUGAGUAACAACAGAGCCCUUUACUGUGGUCUGGGAGUGGAAGGAAUAUGCGAGGUAGUUGGAACAGUAACAGGGAUAUUCCAUGACCCGACACAUCUUUAUGUAGGUUGUACGUAAUUUAAAGUAUUAGUGCAGAACCACUAAUGCCCGAGAGUGCUCCAUAGGUGUAACAGAGGGAAGUUUCUGAAGGAGAGGGGAAAGAGGAAAGUGUGUGGAUGGGAGCUCAUAACAUCUGCCCCAGGGGUAAAACUCCUGGAGGAAGCUAACUCUGAAAGGCAGUGCUGAUGUGAGCACUCCAGUGAGGUCACUAUUAACGUGGACUUCAAUUUUGCAGUAGCCUUAGGCAGAAACACCUCUGCCCAUGCAGGUCCAGCUCCCCAUCUAAUCCCGUUCAGUCAAAACUUCCCUGUCUUGCAUAUGUGACAUCUUCCAGAACCUGGAAGCAUCUGGGCUGUUGUUUUCUUGAAGCCUGAGUCAAAGUUUAUACACUAGAAUAAUAACAUGCUCAAAGUAACUGAAAUAAAACAAAUAAAAAAAUAAGUUGCUUAAAAUCUUUUGGCCCCAGUAUUUCUGUUUUGAAAUCUAAAACCUCACUCUUGAGGUUUAAAAACUAAGAAUACAUUCUGAAAAACAAGGAGCUUCCUUCUUGGU